AUGGAUAAUUUCACUGGCAGUGGGUUUGUCCUCUUGGGAUUUUCAGCCAAACCUGAGCAAAACCUCUGUUACGCUUCUCUGUUCUUGAUCUUAUACGUGUUGGCGUUAGCUGGCAACAUGCUCAUCAUCACCACCACGUCCCUGGAUGACAGUCUCCAGUCCCCCAUGUAUUUCUUCCUGAAGCAUCUCUCCCUUCUGGAUCUCUGCUACAUUUCCGUGACUGUGCCGAGAUUCAUUUACAACUCUUUCAUGCACAGUGGGAAUAUUUCCCUCUGGGAAUGCAUCAUGCAGUGCUUUGGUUUGAUCACCUGUAGUUCUGCCGAGAUGGCCAUGCUCACAGUGAUGUCCUAUGAUCGCUACGUGGCCAUCUGCCAGCCCCUGCACUAUGAUGUCAUCAUGGAUGUCAGAACCUGUGUCCAUGGGGUCGCUGGUGUCUGGGUGAGUGGGGCCAUCUCUGGAGUCAUGCAUACGGCAGCUACUUUCUCCAUCCACUUCUGUGGUCCCCGUGUCAUUCACCAGUUCUUCUGUGACAUCCCUGAGCUCCUGAGACUCUCCUGCUCCAAUAAGUAUCUGAGUGAGAUUGGUGUCACUGCCUUCGUGGCUUUCCUGUCACUCCUUUGUUUCCUGUUUAUUGGGUUCUCCUACGUGCACAUAUUCUCUUCUGUGCUGAGGAUGCCAUCUGCGGAGGGCAGAGCCAAGGCCUUUUCCACCUGCCUCCCCCACCUCGCUGUAGUCAUGUUGUUUAUUUCUACAGGUUUCUUCGAAUUUCUGAAGCCUCACUCUGAAUCUCCAACUGCUCUGGACAUGUUUCUCACUAUUAUGUAUUCAGUAGUUCCCCCAACAUUCAAUCCAAUGAUCUAUAGCCUGAGAAACAAAGCCAUAAAGUUAGCUCUGAGAAAAAUAUUUCAAAGAAAUAAUGCACUUACUUCCUUUCAUUCACUACUAAGAGAGAAGUUCAAUGUAUAA